UGGUCCGUGCGGUGACGAUAUAGCUGAUUGGGCAGCAGACGACAGUUUUCGUUCGUUUCGGGAUUACUUAACUGGAAGGACACCACCCCAGACGCAUCCGUCAAUACUCAAUUCAGGAACUUCAGUCAUGAUGUGGCUGUCUAGGAUUGGCCUAUCCCGAUGUCUGAGGGCAACCCAUCCCUUUGAAAGAUGGUACUCACAGAUCAGACUGUUUGGUUGCAGUGUAAGGAAAGAAAAGGAUAAUGUGGUGUUGAUGGGUAGCCCAGGAUCUGGGAAGACAACGGUUGGCAGAAUAUUGUCAAAGAAGCUUGCAAUGCCGGUGGUAGAUGUCGACAAUGACUUCUUAGAGACCUACUGGAAUAUGCCAGUUGCUCAGAAGUUGCUAGAAGUCGGGCAUGGGAAAUUUGUGGAAGCGGAGGGGAAGGCAUUCAUGAAUUUCAACAUUUCCAACCAUAUUGUCUCCCUGACUGGUUCAAAUCCAAUGUACCGGCCAGCACAGGAUCACUUAAGGUCAUUAGGGCCAGUGGUGUAUCUUGAUGUCGAUGACAAAAUUGUGACUGAUCGUCUUGAGAUAUUAAAAAAUUUAAGAAUUGUUGGCGAAUAUAGCGGCCAGCCAAUUGGCGAUACUCUGAAGUAUCGAAAACAAUUCUAUGAGGGAGUCCACGACAUUAGAAUUCUGGUUAGAAAUGAUGAAACAGUUGAAGAGACAGCAGAGAAAGUUCUAAAAGAGUUGAAAUUACACCAGGCACAAGAUGGAUACAGAUCAACACGAUCGGCGCAUGAGGUUUCAUCAGGACAACGUAAAUCAUUCCUAGACGUGGUGCGGGAAGGACUCGCCCAAGAUGGCGGACUAUAUGUUCCAAGCGGAGACAUACCAGUCUUACAUAGUGGGGAAUUGUCACGGUUAAUUGGUCUCAGUUACAAGGAUCUUGCUCAGAGGCUUUUGGAAAGAUGGCUGUCCCCUCAAGACCUUCAUCCGAGGUUACUCUCCCAAAUGGUGUCGUCGGCUUAUAACAAAGACAUCUUCGAUUGUGCCAAAGUUUGUCCUACUAUUCACCUCAAAGAUAAUAUCUACGUCAUGGAACUUUUUCAUGGUCCAACAGCAUCUUUUAAGGACUUUGCUUUACAGUUGAUGCCACAGUUCUUUCAGAAGGCAAUUUGUUGUGACGGUCUGCCAAAACACAAGUACCUGAUACUGGUGGCAACCUCUGGUGACACGGGGAGUGCAGUAUUAGAUGGCUUCAUCAGGCACACAGAUCCUGAAUCAACAAAGCUGAUGGUGCUGUACCCAGAGGAGGGCAUCAGUGACAUUCAGAAACACCAGAUGGCAUCAGUGAGAGGCAGGAACGUGCAAGUCAUGGGUGUCCAAAGUGAUUUCGACUUUUGCCAAACAACUAUCAAAGAUAUCUUCAAUGACAACACCAUAAAUAACAAACUAUUGACCAACUUCAACACGAAGCUGAGUGCAGCCAAUUCUAUCAAUUGGGGACGUCUCCUACCACAGGUUGUCUACCAUGUCUCAUCGUACAUUGAUCUGGUCAAGCAGGGAGUGGUCGCAAUGGACGAUAAAAUUGACCUUUGUAUUCCAACAGGAAACUUUGGGAAUAUUCUGUCUGCCUACUAUGCCAAGAAAAUGGGACUACCCAUCCGGCGAUUGAUUCUAGCUUCAAAUAAGAACAACAUCUUGACCGAGUUCUUCCAAACUGGUUGUUAUGACCUCCGAUCCCGCAACCUCAAAGUCACAAUGUCUCCAGCCAUCGACAUUCUCAAGUCAUCCAACUUGGAAAGGUUCUUGUUCCACAAGUCUGGUGGCUGGCAUCAGAAUGUGGACGCGUAUUACUCUGCAUUAGGAGAGAAGAAAUUCUUCCAGGUGUCUGAACAGUUUUUUCAGGAACUUCAACAAGAUGUUGUAGCAGAUUGGUGCUCGGAAGACGAUUGUUCAAAGACUAUCAGAAGCACUUUUGAGGAAACAGGUAUGCUUCUUGAUCCUCACACGGCCGUCGCCAAGACAGUUGCAGGUCGUCACAAUCAGGGAGACAUACCUCUAGUCAUCGCAGCUACGGCUCAUUAUGCCAAAUUUGCCCCGGAUGUACUGAAGUCAUUAGGGGCAUCCACUGAAGGUAGCCCAUCAGAGAUGCUGGACACUUUGGAACAGAUUGGGGGCAAGCCAAUCAUGCACAGAAGGCUAAAGGAGACCUUGCUCAGGGAGAGAGUCCACAAGACAAUGUGCUCCCCAAUGAAAGGGGAAAUUUUGAAGGAGUUGAUCAGUUUUGCCGACAAGCAAUGACGUGGGGUCUGUAGCAGAAUGUGAUAUACAACAUAUGUCUUUGAAUUACACCUGUUUAUUCAUCAAGAUGUAUUUAAGAUGACAGUAAAAAUA